AUGUCAGUUACACUCCACACGCCUCAAGGUGACCUCAAGGUUGAGCUAUUCUGCGAAGCCGUCCCUAAGACAGUCGAGAACUUCCUCGCCCUGUGCGCCUGCGGCGCCUACAACGACACGCCCUUCCACCGUCUCGUCCCUGGCUUCAUGAUUCAAGGCGGAGACAUCUCCCUCGGACCCGCCGCCCACUCCUCUUCCACGUCAACGAAACCGCCCCUCCCCUUCGAAAUCCCCAAAGGCGGCACCUCGAUUUACCACCCCUCCGCGCUAAACCAGGAGAUCAGUCUCCCGGCACUACGACAUAAUGCGCGCGGGAUUCUUUCCAUGGCAUCGCGACCUGUGAAGGAUAGCACGGCGCCAGGCUCACAGCAUGCAACGGGACAAACCGUUAACGGCAGUCAAUUCUUCAUUACCUUUGCGCCGGCGCCGCAUCUCGAUGGGGCCAGUACCGUGUUCGGGAAGGUUUUGAAUCUCAGCGCCCAGGACGAGGGUGGUGAUGUGUUGUCCAAGCUUGAGAAGGCCAAUGUCAAGGUUGACAAGAAGUCUCGUGUGUCUCAGCCUAAGGAGGGCGAAGAUUAUGAGCCGCUGCGCAUUGAUAAGGUUACUAUUCAUGCGAAUCCGUUUGCGACGUGA